ACAGAAUCCAGUUCUUCCAGCUGGACACAGGUUCCAGUCUGAAGGUUCUCCAGCCAGGAAACUCAGUGAAACUCUACAGAUAAACUCUGAAGAAGCAGAAAAACAGACCAAAGGAGAGAAAGUGAAAGUGUCAUGGCUUCCUCCAGCAGUCUCCUGUCUGAAGAUCAGCUCCAGUGCUCCAUCUGUCUGGAUGUGUUCACUGAUCCGGUCACCACUUCAUGUGGACACAACUUCUGCAGGGUCUGUCUCAAAGAGUGCUGGGACAGCAGUUCAUGCUGCCAGUGUCCAGUCUGUAAGACAGAAUUUCCAACAAGACCUGAACUGUCUGUGAACACCUUCAUCUCUGGACUGGCUGCUCAGUUCAAGAAGUCAGUUCAGGUCAAAUCCAGCAGAGCUCCAGAGAAACCUGCCAAACCUCAGGUGCUCUGUGACUACUGUGAAAAGAGAAGUGCAGCUCUGAAGUCCUGCCUGACAUGCAUGGCCUCUUACUGCAAGACUCAUCUGGAUCCUCAUCACAGAGUCACUGUAUUAAAGAAGCACAAGCUGAUGGACCCUGUGGAGAACCUGGAGAACUAUAUCUGCCAGAAACAUGAGAGACCCCUGGAGCUGUUCUGUAGAGAUGACCAGAUGUGUGUGUGUCAGUUCUGCACUGAAGGAAACCACAAGACUCACAGGACUGUUCCUAUAGAGGAGGAGAGUGGAGAGAUGAAGACUCAGCUGGGAAAGACACAGGCUGAAGUUCAGCAGAUGAUCCAGGACCGACUGAAGAAGAUUGAGGACAUCAAACAGUCUGUAGAGCUCAAUAAAAAAAGCUCAGAGAAGGAGAAAGCAGACAGUGUGGAGGUCUUCAGAGCUCUGCUGCGCUGCAUUGAGAGAAGCCAUGCGGAGCUGCUUGAGGUGAUGGAGGAGAAGCAGAAAGCAGCAGAGAGGCAGGCUGAAGAGUUCAUUAAAGAGCUGGAGCAGGAAAUCACUGAGCUAAAGAGGAGAGACACUGAGAAGAAAAAUUCAGGACUUCAUCAAGAUACAAAUACCAGAAAUGAAUGUUUGUUAAUAACAAAUGAUGUCAUCCUUUAUUCUUCUAACACAGAAAUGAAGAGAAUUCAACAAUAUGCAGUGGACGUGACUCUGGAUCCUGAUUCAGCUCAUCCUCAACUCAUCCUGUCUGAUGACGGGAAACAAGUGAGAGAUGGAGACAAACGACAGAAUCUCCCUGAUAAACCAAAGUGGUUUGAUUGUUGUGUCAAUGUGCUGGGAAAGGAGGGGUUCUCCUCAGGGAGGUUUUACUAUGAGGUUCAGGUCAGCGGGAAGACUAACUGGGAUUUAGGAGUGACCACAGAGUCCAGUAACAGGAAGGGGGAGAUUAGACUGAGUCCUGAGGAUGGAUACUGGACUGUGUGGCUGAGAAAUGAGACUGAAUAUAAAGCUCUGGGCACUCCUUCUGUCCCCCUCUCCCUGAAACAGGCUCCCCAGAAGGUGGGGGUGUUUGUGGAUUAUGAGGAGGGUCUGGUCUCCUUCUAUGAUGUUGAGUCCAGGUCUCAUAUCUACUCUUUCACUGGUCAGUCUUUCACUGAGAAACUCUAUCCAUUAUUCAGUCCCUCUCUCAGUUAUGGAGGUAAAAACUCAGCACCGCUGAUCAUCACACCUGUUAAACUUCAGAAAUGAGGUGAACUUCUUUAAUAAAUCAUUUUUGUCAGAAACAAAUCUGUCAUUUGAAACAUUUCAGAGCAUAAAUAGAGAGUUUUAAACUCUUUAUAACAUUAUGUAAUUAAUGAAUUAAUUAACAAGCUAAUAAAUUAAUAGACGAUUUUUGAUUCACUCAUUUUGGAGAACUCUGUAAGUCAGUUGAACAGUGUUAUAACACUGUUUAUCACAGAUCUCCUUUUAAUGAACUGAAAUGAUCAUAAAGCUCAAAAUAUCAGCUUCAGUUUGAUGAACUUGAUGUGGGAAUCUCAGUCUUUUAUAUGAAGAUGAAGCUCUGCGUCUUUUUGAUUUGUGUAAAUGCUUAAAGUUAUUAUAAAUUUACUCCAAAAUCCCAAUGAAAUAACAUUUUAAACAUCUAAACUCUCAAAUCUAAGUGUUUAAUCAAUAAGCUUGAGCUGACUUUUAAGUUCAGUUGGAAACAAUAAACAAAUCGAGGAAAUGUGUGUGUUAGCAUGAGCUCUGUGUUCAUGUUGUCUGUUUUUAUUUCAGUCUGUUUAAAGCAUGAAACGCUCAAGUUUCAAUGAAGCUGUAUUAAAUGUCAAAUUAAGCUCUACAAAAGAAAUAAACAGAUUUACUGAAAUUCUCAAAGCUCCAUCAAGUGUUUUGAUGCAGUUUUCCUGAGGAUUUAUACACAGUAGAACUUUC